GGGGCAGGCAUACAGGCUUGAGUGGAGGCCCAGGGGCUCCAGGCCUAUCUGAGGUGCGCCCUUUUGGGGUGUGCGGCGCAGGAAGCUGCAGCACUAGUUUUUCUCUGAAAAGCUCUGACAUAUGAGGCCCUCAGCCCUUGGACACUUGGCCCCAUCAUGGGUAGGUCUCAUCUCCCCAACCCUACCCCCCUUCACUGCAACUUGGCAGAAAGGUAUUGGGGAACAGAAGAAAGGGGAAAGGGGUGGAAAUUAGGGGCAGGGGUGAGGGCCAGAGGGCGGUGUGAUUGACUCAGUCCUGAGUUAAUGUGUGACGAGAGGAGAAGACAUGGAGCCCAGGAUGACCUCCAGUGUGUUGACCAAUGAGCAAGCUCUACCCCCAACAAAACAAAGCAGCCUCUGCCCUCGCCUGUCCCCUUGGAAGGCUCUGGCAGGAAGAGAGGUUACGGUGAAAGGAUAAAGGUCGAAGGUCCCUUGUCAUGGGAUCACCUUAUCAGUUCUAGGUGGUUGUCAGGCAACGUGAGUCAGCAGGGCCCAUGGUGUCCCUCUGACCAAGGCCCCAGCGGAUCGGGAGGGAGGGAGGUACAUUCUCCAGGCCCAAGGCAUUUGGGUGAAGUCAGCCAAAUAGAUACCAAAAGCAUUGAGCUCUCACCCUUCCACCCUCAGGGUGUGCGUAGGGCAUUCCUGGGGGCCAAUGAGGGAGGCGACCAGCGCCCAGACUUCCGUGAGCCCCCCACCCCCAACCCCCAGCACUGGAAGGCGCUGGGCUGGCAGUCUCUGGAGAGGAGCGCACAGCGCAGACGGCCGGGGGCCAUGAGACUUGAUUCGCCAGCUCUGCCUGGGGAAUCAGGGAAAGAAGGGUUAGCCCCAGGGGGCAGCCAUUUCGGGGAGCAGUUCUGGGACUCAGUCUGCAGCCUCUGCUCCAGCCCCAAACCCGCACGCCCGUUCCCAUUCCGAGAGGACAGAGGGACUUGGGGCGGUGUGGGCCCCUAGGAGGGACGUGUGGGCCCGCGUCCUGGGGGGGGGCUGUGCGAUGCAUCUGCGGUGCACUGUGGGGUCUGCGAGGGGGAGGCCCCAGGGCUGGUGGGGUGCGGGCGCCGAGGGGCGAUGUCAAACAGGCUAGGAAACAAGUCCUCCCAGUCGUUCCCUCCGCCACGCUUCUCAAACGGCAAGUGUCCAGGCGGCGUGGUGUCCCGGAGGCUCCCUGGUUCCCCCGACCUUGAAGAGGCUACGGCCGGCACCCACAGAGUCAGUCAGUCUCGGGAGCUGCCAUCGGGCCCCGCCCGGCUCUGCAGCGCUGGGGCGGGGGCUCUCUGGACGCGAGCCUGCCUCUCCUCUGCUUCCUCCUCUCCCGUUGGCCCCAGGGAGAUCGAGGCCGCUUUCUUUUUCUUUUUCUUUUUUUUUUUAAUCGAUUGGGCAGGGCCCAAUCAAGGGAAGGUCGGGUCUCCGGAAGCUUUUUUUGCCCGGUCCCAAGAUGGCGUCCACGACCACGCUGAGAAUGCAGCGUGAAGCCGCAGUUCUGCCAUCACUCAAGAUGGCUGCCCCCACCAAGAUGACCGGGGUGUGCCGGGGGGAAAGGGGCGGCAGGAUGGUCUGAGACGGUAAGGGCUCUGCUCCGUUGCAAGUCUCGCCUUGGGGCCCAGGAAUGAAGAGUAGGAAGCCUAGGAAGCCGGGCCUGGCGUUGGACCAUGUGGAAGUUUCUGGGACUCGGGAGCCGGAUGAUGGGGGGUGGCGCCCGUGGUGGGUAGAGAGAGGAGCAGCGUCCGUUCCCAGGCGCACCCCGGCCCCUCCCCGCCCGCGGGACUGAAAUGGGGAACACGCUGGGCCUGGCACCGACGGGGGCUUUGCACCGCCGGGGCCCCCGUCGCGAGGAGCCGCUGCCCAAUCCCGGGAGCUUCGAUGAGCUGCACCGGCUAUGCAAAGACGUAUUCCCAGCGCAGAUGGAGGGAGUGAAGCUCGUCGUCAACAAGGUUCUGAGCAGCCAUUUCCAGGUGGCCCACACUGUGCACAUGAGUGCCCUGGGGCUGCCCGGCUAUCACCUCCAUGCGGCCUAUGCAGGGGACUGGCACCUUAGCCCCACGGAGGUGUUCCCCACGGUGGUAGGGGAUUUGGACAGCAGUGGCAGCCUCAACGCCCAGGUCCUGGUCCUCUUGGCAGAGCGGCUCCGAGCUAAGGCGGUCUUCCAGACACAGCAGUCCAAGUUCCUGACGUGGCAGUUUGAUGGCGAGUAUCGGGGCGAUGACUACACAGCCACUCUGACCCUAGGAAACCCUGACCUGAUCGGGGAGUCGGUGAUCAUGGUCGCUCACUUCCUGCAGAGCCUCACUCAUCGGCUGGUGUUGGGAGGAGAGUUAGUGUACCACCGGCGGCCAGGCGAAGAGGGGGCCAUCUUGACCCUGGCUGGGAAGUACUCGGCUGUACACUGGGUAGCUACAUUGAAUGUGGGAUCGGGCGGGGCCCAUGCAAGUUAUUACCACAGGGCAAAUGAGCAGGUUCAGGUUGGAGUGGAGUUUGAGGCAAACACAAGGCUACAAGACACCACCUUCUCCUUUGGUUACCACCUGACUCUGCCCCAGGCCAACAUGGUGUUUAGAGGCCUGGUGGACAGUAACUGGUGUGUGGGUGCUGUGCUGGAGAAGAAGAUGCCCCCCCUGCCCGUCACCCUGGCCCUCGGAGCCUUCCUCAACCACUGGCGUAACAGAUCCCACUGUGGCUUCAGCGUCACUGUGGGCUGAGUUCGUCCCAGAGCCCCAGCAGCUGCAGCCGCUGCACGGCCAGAGACUAGGCCCCUCUCCCGAGCCCACCUCGCAGGGUGACCUCUGGGUCCCAGGAGCAGAGUGGGGGACAGGACCGUGCCCUCCUCAGAGCUGGAGCUGCCACAGGGGAGCUGAUGAGGCAGUGGUUGGAGGCUAACCCUCUGCCACCAACCCCAGCAUCACCUUUCCAUGCUCGUGGCUCUGGACAGGGGAGAAGUCCGGCUGAGCUGCCUCCCUUCACUCUCCCCUGUCUUCAUUUCUCCAUGGAUUAAGCUCCUCACCUCUUCCUCUUCCAAGCAGAAAAGCCUGCAUGGGGCUAGUUCCCCAUCCUGUUUUCCAUCCCAGAGCGUUCCAAGGCUGGGAAAGAUUCUUUGACCUCAGAACACAGGGCCACCCCUCCCAGAAGGGCGUCCUCCUCCAGACACUGUGCUCUGGAGCUUUACCCCCACAGUCACCCCACCCCCACCCCCCAUGACUGCAUGGACAGGCAGUUAUUGCUUUAGCCUUUCAUUGCAACCACUGGGCUCCCUUUCUGCAGUGCCAGCCUCUGGCCCAGCAGCUGCCCUUUGCAGUCCAGUGUGUCCAGGCGGCGGGGCCUCA